AUGGAAGAAACUGAUGAAGAUGAUGAUUCUGAUGAUUCGAAAGAUGAUUGUGAUGAUGCGUCUGUUGAAAUCUUAGACAAUUUUCCACAAUGCCCAAGAAAAACAAGGGAGAAAUCUCCAUUGCCACUUCAUAGGCCUCACCAGAAGAGUAGAACAAGUUCAAGUGGUAAAGAUGGUUUUCUUGCCUAA